AUGCUACAGCCAGUGGUUCGGGGCACCGGUGAGCCCUAUGGGGGCUCCCCUUCCUCCUCCCCCGCGGACGCUAUGCGGACCAUGAGCCCCCUGACCCUCUUUUUACUGCUGCUUUGGGAUUUCCUGGACCUGGCACUGGCCUACCUGACAGUCAGCAUCGAGCCACUGCCGCCUGUAGUGGUGGGUGACGCUGUGACGCUGAAAUGCAACUUCAAGACGGAUGGAAAGAUGCGGGAGAUCGUCUGGUACCGGGUCACUGAUGGCGGCACAAUCAAGCAGAAAAUCUUCACUUUUGAUGCAAUGUUCUCCACCAAUUUCUCACACAUGGAGAACUACAGAAAGAGGGAGGACCUGGUCUACCAGUCCACAGUGCGCCUCCCCGAGGUUCGCAUUUCGGACAAUGGCCCCUAUGAGUGUCACGUCGGCAUUUAUGACCGAGCCACACGGGAGAAGGUGGUCCUGGCGUCUGGUAAUAUAUUCCUCAAUGUGAUGGCUCCGCCAACAUCUAUCUCAGUGAUUGCUGCUGACACACCAGCGCCCUUCAGCCGCUACCAGGCACAGAACUUCACCUUGGUGUGUGUAGUGUCCGGUGGCAAGCCUGCCCCACUGGUAUAUUUCAAGCGCGAUGGGGAGCCCAUUGAGGCCACUCCGCUGCCAGAGCCACCAGCUGCCACUGGGAACUGGGCACCUCGCAACCUCCUACACCGUGACCUGGAUGACACCAAGGUGCCCCAGUUGCUGGCCGAGGGAGAAAUGGGGGGCGGGCCCCCCAACACCGCAGAACCCCCGCGGGGGCUGACAGCUGAGCGGGGUCCCACCACUGAAGCCAUCCCCGAAACUGUGGUGAGCAGGGAGUUCCCACGCUGGGUGCAUGUGGCGGAGCCCAUUUACUAUUUCCGCCACACACACGUGCCCAUCAGUGAUGGCACAGUGGAGGCACGGGCCACCCUCACCUGGACCCUCAACCCCCAAAUUGACAACGAUGCGCUCUUCAGUUGUGAGGUGAAGCAUCCGGCGCUCUCCAUGCCCAUGCAGUCAGAGGUGACUCUCGUUGCUCCCAAGGGCCCUAAAAUCAUCAUGACCCCCGUGAGAGCACGGGUUGGAGACACUGUUCGGAUCUUGGUGCAGGGCUUUCAGAACGAAGUCUUCCCUGAGCCCCUCUUCACAUGGACCCGUGUGGGAAGCCGGCUCCUGGAUGGCAGUGCCGAGCACGCCGGGAAGGAGCUGGUGCUGGAGCGAGUGCCGGCUGAGCUCAAUGGCUCCAUGUACCGCUGCACUGCACAGAACCCACUGGGUUCCACUGACACCCACACCCGCCUCAUUGUCUUCGAAAAUCCAAAUAUUCCCCGAGGAACAGAGGACUCGAAUGGUUCAAUUACCAGCCACCGCAGCUUCAGACUAGUUUUGGCACUCACCCUAACAGUGAUCCUGGAGCUAACGUGAAGCUUCACUUGCCUGUUCCUCUGUACAGUUCCACCUGUCGUUUACACCUCUGCCAAUUGGUUCUCUUUUUUUCUUUUUUUUUCUAUGCUAUUUACAGUCUCAGUCUCUUUCUGUUUGUGUCUUGGCUUCCUUGGACAAUUUAAUUAAAAGAAAAAAAAAAAAACCUCCCUCUGUAGAAGGCUGCACUGAAUGUUUUGUCCUCCUGUGUGUAGAGAGCUUGGAUUGGGAACUGAAGGAACAUCUGAGGACUGGCCUGGAGUACCUAAGACCACCUUGGGGUACCCAAGACUGCCAUGGGGAACCCAGUGGCUUUCCAAGGUCUGGGAGAGGAACACAGUUAUGCUAUGAUGCCAGGGCCCAAAGUCUAUUGGAAAGGAAGCAGUAGGGACCAUGUCCCUCCAUUUAUACCAACUCUA